ACUUUCCCGGCGACGUCAGAACUUGAAUGGACUUCAAUUGAUUGCGUCAACAGUUUUCAUUAAUAAUGGAUCCGAAAAUCAUACCGAUUUAGAUGACUAUCAUCACAAUUGAAUUGACACCAUCUCAAAGCUCUCCCUUGUGAUUACGAAUCAUUGGAUCGACACGAUCAAUACAACAAUGGUUGGUGAUGUACACCGUACAUGGGGAUAUAAAGACAAGAAGACUGGCCGAAUUACUGGUUUGUAUGGACAAUUGCAACGCAAAGAAGCGGACAUUGGUGGAACCAUAAUUUUUAUGACAGCCGAUCGAAUCGAUUAUCUCGACUACCUUUCAAUGACGAUUCCUUCAUCGAUUGCCUUUGUUCUGCGAUCUCCACCGAUUUCCUAUGUUUCAAACAUUUACUACCUACCAUUUACGGGAGUUGUUUGGAUUUGUUCGAUUUCUCUGGUGAUUCUGUGUACGAUUAUCAUUGCUUUCGUUUUGAAAUUCAGUUGGCCGCGCGACGAAAGCACCGAACAUCGAGAGCUGCGUCUAAGGCAAACUAUAUGCUACUAGCGCUACACUGAAAUACAUUUGCAUUGUACACGUAAGCGGUGGGAGUUCGAACUAUCAAAUUACAACAACAAAUUACACAGAUAGGCGCAUCCCUCGCCGAACAUUUAGAAGUAUCGGAUUUUUUUUUUGUUUGCUGUUGCAUCAU